AUGCUCGCUUUCACCACCCCCGCCCCCCUUUCCCGUCUCAGCGCCCUGCCCACCACCUCCAAAUGCCCCACUCGGAUGACAGCCGCCGAGCCUUCGGCGGCCGCAAAGCAGCCAAAACCGAAAAAGGAAGUCAAAGACAUUUACACGCCCUUCUGGAACUACGCCACUAAAGUGCUGGAAUCUCGUCUGGAUUUGAAGCCCUAUACCAUCCCCGAGGGCUACGAGCAAAAAGAAGCCAUGGUCGGCAAAGGCAAGCGCGCCGGGAUCGUGCGCACCGAUUCCUACGCGUAUAGCACCGACAAGCUGCGCCAGAUCCGCACCGCCCACGUCCAAGGCGGCGCUCUACUGCAAGUCCUCAACUUUGUCAUGAUGCCGGGCAUGAAUUACGAUCUCCCGUUCUUCGGCGCCGAUUUGGUCACCCUGCCUGGCGGUCACCUCAUUGCUAUGGACAUGCAACCUUUGUUUCAUACCGACGAGUAUCGCCAAAAGUAUGCACAGCCGCUACAGGGUGCGUUUGAGAAGCACAAGCAGAAUUUGCCCUGGGGUGGAAACUUUCCAGUUGAAGCGGCCAAGUUCUUCUCACCCAUCUUCUUGUGGUCGAGGCCAAAGGAAGAUGAAGUGGUGGAGACGCACGUCUUUGAGGCUUUCAAGGACUAUUUGCAUGGUUAUCUUGACAUGGUGGCAGAGGCAGAGCCAGUCACGGAUCCAGCGAAGUUGGCCGAGAUUCGGGACAGCCAGAUAGCGUACUUGAGGUAUCGCGCAGAAAAGGAUCCCGCCAGAGGCAUGUUUCUGCGCUUUUACGGAGAGGAAUGGACAGAGGAAUACAUUCAUGGCUUUCUAUUUGAUCUAGAAAAGAAGAUCGAAAGUGGAGAAUACGUCCCACCUGUCUAA